AUGAGGAUAGAAAAGGUCACUGGCUGUCAGAGCAUGGGUGUUUUCAGUGAACCUGGUAAGAUGUGUGCUGCAUAUAGUCCUCAUGUGUCUUCUGUAGUUGACGAACGAAAACAGUGUGAAAAGUCUUUCACUGAGAAGAAACACCCAGUUGUCCCUCAGAGGACACACACAGGAGAGAAACCUUAUGAAUGUAACAUGUGUCAAAAGUCUUUCACCCAGAAAUCAAAGCUUACUGUCCACCAGAGAACACACACAAAAGAGAAACCUUUUGAAUGUAACAUUUGUGGAAAAUCUUUCAUAUGCAAGGCAUAUCUUACUAGACACCAGAGAACACACACAGGAGAGAAACCUUAUGAAUGUAACAUGUGUGGAAAGUCUUUCACCUGGAAGACACACCUUACUGUCCACCAGAGAAUACACACAAAAGAAAAACCUUUUGAAUGUAACAUUUGUGGAAAGUCUUUCUCCUGGAAGGCAUAUCUUACUCUCCACCAGAGAACACACACAGGAGAGAAACUUUAUGAAUGUAACAAGUGUGGAAAGUCUUUCACUCAGAAAUCAAAGCUUACUCGCCACCAGAGAACACACACAAGAGAGAAACCUUAUGAAUGUAACAUGUGUCAAAAGUCUUUCACUGAGAAAUCAAAGCUUACUCGCCACCAGAGAACACACACAAAAGAGAAACCUUUUGAAUGUAACAUUUGUGGAAUGUCUUUCUCCUGCAAGGAAUAUCUUAUUCUGCACCAGAGAACACACACAGGAGAGAAACCUUAUGAAUGUAAGAUGUGUGGAAAGUCUUUCACCCAGAAAUCAAUGCUUACUCGCCACCAGAGAACACAUACUAGAGAGAAACCUUAUGAAUGUAACAUGUGUCGAAAGUCUUUCACUGAGAAAUCAAAGCUUACUCGCCACCAGAGAACACACACAAAAGAGAAACCUUUUGAAUGUAACAUUUGUGGAAAGUCUUUCUCCUGCAAGGAAUAUCUUCCUCUGCACCAGAGAACACACACAGGAGAGAAACCUUAUGAAUGUAAGAUGUGUGGAAAGUCUUUCACCCAGAAAUCAAUGCUUACUCGCCACCAGAGAACACAUACUAAAGAAAAACCUUAUGAAUUUAACUUGUGUUGA